AGUUUGCCCGCGUCCAUUGUGAUAUCUGCAUGCUUUUUUAGUGCUUCCUUAGUAGUGGCAUAGAAAAUUCCCUCAAAUUGUACAAAAAUACUGAACCACCCACACAAAUAAAAAUAUGUCUUCACCCACUGAGGAAAAAUCCUCAAAUGCAGCAUCUCUUAAUAAAACGCCGAGUCAGCAGAAGUUGGGCAAGGAAAUGGGAGAAGUUUCGGGGAAUGAUGAGUAUGAGAGUUGGAUGAAGUCACGGCAGCUGCAGAGGCCAGAAGAUCAGCUGGACCUCACAGAAGCUGAGCUGAGUGAGGAGAUUCCAAAGUUGCUAACAACAGAAAAUACUAACAUUGUGAAGAAUCUCGUUAUCUACAGCUUCAAGGAUGGAGGAUUUGUCACUGCUCCAACUGUGGGGAAUACGGUGACCCUGUUUCAAUUUGAAGGAUCCUCCCUCCAUUUGGAAUCCGCAGAGGCAAAAGCCCAAUUGGCUACAAUGGGGGAAGAUGAAGUUGAGGAAGAAACUGAGAAGACAGAAGAGAAGACUCCUGUUGUGGAUCAGGACAUUCAGGAGGUAGAUAAGGAGGUGGAUCCUGAUGCUGAUGGUGCAGAUGGCGAAGCAGCUGAUGAUGAAGUGCUGGAUGAUGAUCCAACUGGUGGACAAGGUGGUCCAAAAAAGAAGCUAAUUAAUCAAUUUAAUUUUUGCGAGAGGGCUGCUUUAACAACCAACAAUCCAUAUCGCACCGUGGAGACGCAAACAAUCCCACCGCCAAGAUCUACUUUCGGUGGGAAUGUUCUUCAGUGGGUCAUCUACGAUUCCUACGCUGAAGACUAUGCACAGCAGCAGAAGGAGCGUGAGAAGGACACCAAGAAGCCAACACCGAAGAAGGAUGAAUCGAAGAAAAAGGAAGACAAAACGAAAGCUUCAGAGCAACUCAACCGGAAGUAUCUCCAAAGCUGGCAGAUUCUCGAAAGGAUGGUCAAUCAGAAUAUUUACGAUGAAAUAGCUCAAGAUUAUAGAUAUUGGGAAGAUCCUUCAGAUGAAUUUAGAGAGGAAGAGGGAACCCUUUUGCCAUUGUGGAAAUUUUCCUACGAAAAGACCAAGAAACUCAGUGUGACUGACCUCUGCUUCAAUACGCUCUACUACGAUUUAUAUGCCGUCUGCUUUGGUUCUAUGGAUUUUGUGAAGCAAUCAGCUGAAGGAUCUGUCUGCCUCUUCACUAUGAAGAAUCCUUCAUUUCCAGAUUAUCGCAUUUGGACAGAGAGCGGUGUUAUGUGUUGUGAUAUCCAUACCAAGUAUCCCUAUCUCUUGGCUAUCGGGAUGUACGAUGGUAAUGUUGCCGUCUACAACCUUCAAACUAAUACGCGUGAACCCAUGUACAUGUCGCAGGGAGUCAAUGGGAAGCAUCUGGAAUGUGUGUCAGAGAUCAAAUGGGGACCAGAUAUGACGGAUGGAGAGCUAAAUUUCUAUUCAGCCUCAACAGACGGACGAGUCUUCAACUGGGUCCUCAUGCAGAAUAAACUCGCCAUCACACCAAUAAUGACGCUCUAUCUGAAUCGCGAACUUGGAGGAUGUCCCGACGGAACGGAUAUUCGACUAAAAGGCUGCGCCACGUGCAUGGUGUUUCAUCCAACCAACACUGAGGUCUUUCUUGUAGGAACAGAAGAAGGACUCAUUUUUAAAUGUAGCACAGCCUACAGUUCGAAGUAUUUGAUGACCUACCAGGCACACUAUCUUCCAAUCUAUCGCAUUGAUUUCAACAAGUACAACUCCAAUAUUUUUGCAUCCUGCUCUGGAGAUUGGAGGAUCAAAGUCUGGGAGGAUAUGCGGGAAGAGCCUCUCUUCAUCUUUGACCUAGCUGCAAGCGUUGGAGAUGUUAAAUGGGCGCCAUAUUCUAGUACAGUAUUUGCAGCAGUUACCACCGAAGGAAAGGUUUUCGUCUUCGACUUGAAUGUCAACAAAUACAAACCCAUUUGCAUCCAAGCUGUUGUGUCCAAAAAGAGGAAUAAACUCACAAGAUUAGCCUUCAACCAGAAGCUUCCUUUCAUCAUUGUCGGGGAUGACAAGGGUACAACAAUUUCUCUCAAACUCUCACCGAAUCUCCGUUUGAAGGUGAAACCGCCGAAGAAGCAACAAUGGAUGGAUCAGGCAACGCUCGAAGCACAAAAGCUCGAAAAGCUCCUCUCAUUGGUACGAGAACUUCCUGAAGGUGAAAAGAUCAAAGAUACAGCCACAACUGUUGCUUCGGGACGAAAUUAGAAAAAUUCUUGAUUUGUUUGUAAAAUUCACAAGUCUCAUGUUAAAGCACUUGAUGUU